AUGGCUAAAAGCAAAAACCAUACCAAUCAUAAUCAGAAUAAAAAGGAUCAUCGUAAUGGAAUCAAGCGACCACAAUCGCAACGAUUUCCAUCCUUAAGCGGAGUUGAUCCAAAAUAUGUUCGUAAUUUAAAAUUUACUAAACAUCACAAUCAUGUUGCACGUAAAAAUUUACUUAAAGUACGAAAAGCCAAAAUAGCCAGUGGUACUGCUUCAGCAGGGAAAGUAGUUAAACGAGUUGCUCGUCAAGUUGAAGUCAAGAAAUCAUCAUCAUGGUCACUUGCAUCAUUAUUGAAAAAUGUCGCCAAAUAUUUUCCUGGUGAAUCGACAAACGCUGUAACAAAGAAACGUACCAAACGUACACAUCCAAAAAAGAAAUCCGUCAAACCAGCUACAACUGCUAAAGCAACAACAACAACUGCUAAAGCAGCAACAACAACAACUGCUAAAGCAACAACAACAGCUGCUAAAAAAUAA